CCUUUUGGUCUCCGGCCCUCCGCCCUCAUUCAAACCAACACGACGGUGUUGAUAAUGAGAAAAUGACAUUGAAAACCUUGCUGGCGUUUGUUUUUAUAGCUGCCCAUCUGACCUGCACUAGAUUUUCUACGUUGGUUGGUUGGGUUUGGCUGAUCAACCCCCAGUCAGACUGCCAUCAUCACCUCUGACCUCCCCUACACGUAAUGCACUCCCUUGCAGUAGGCAAAUUUUCUCAAAUCCAGAUGUGGGCAACCGACAACUGAAUCUACUGUGGAAUUUUUGGGCCGUUUUGAUCAAGAGUCACGCGUUAAACUCGAUUGAGUUCUCAUGACGGAGUUGCAGAAGGGGUUCGCCAUGGGUGACGCUCUGCUUAACGGUGUUCCGAGCGGGAAAGUUCAAGCAAGAAAUGGGGCGUCUGUGUCACGGAUCGAUGAGUUCUGCUACGCGCUUGGUGGGAAAAAACCAAUUCAUAGUGUCUUGAUCGCUAACAAUGGGAUGGCUGCUGUCAAGUUCAUGAGAAGUAUUAGAACGUGGGCCUAUGAGGUGUUUGGAACAGAGAAAGCUAUUCUUUUGGUGGCCAUGGCAACUCCAGAAGAUAUGCGAAUUAAUGCCGAGCAUAUCAGAAUUGCAGAUCAGUUUGUAGAAGUGCCUGGAGGAACCAACAACAAUAACUACGCCAAUGUGCAGCUUAUCGUGGAGAUGGCAGAAAGGACACAUGUCUCUGCAGUAUGGCCCGGUUGGGGUCAUGCAUCAGAGAAUCCUGAACUUCCUGAUGCGUUAAAUGCUAAGGGGAUUGUAUUUCUUGGACCUCCAGCUUCAUCAAUGUCUGCUCUAGGAGACAAAAUUGGAUCAUCUUUGAUUGCUCAAGCAGCAUCAGUACCAACACUCCCUUGGAGCGGCUCACAUGUUAAAAUACCUCCUGAGAGCUGCUUGGAUUCUAUUCCGGAUGAUAUCUACCGUGAUGCAUGCGUAUCUACAACAGAGGAUGCUGUGGCAAGCUGCCAGGUGGUUGGUUACCCAGCCAUGAUAAAAGCUUCUUGGGGAGGAGGUGGUAAGGGGAUAAGAAAGGUUCAUAAUGAUGAUGAAGUGAGGGCCUUGUUCAAACAAGUCCAAGGUGAAGUUCCUGGAUCUCCAAUAUUCAUUAUGAAGGUUGCAUCCCAGAGCCGACAUCUAGAAGUUCAGUUACUCUGUGAUCAGUAUGGAAAUGUUGCAGCACUGCAUAGCCGUGACUGUAGUGUCCAGAGACGGCAUCAGAAGAUUAUUGAGGAAGGCCCAAUCACAGUAGCACCUCUUGAGACUGUGAAACAACUCGAACAGGCAGCUAGGAGGCUGGCUAAAUGUGUGAAUUAUGUAGGAGCUGCUACUGUUGAAUAUUUAUACAGCAUGGAUACAGGGGAAUACUAUUUCUUGGAGCUGAACCCACGAUUACAGGUCGAGCAUCCUGUGACUGAGUGGAUAGCUGAAAUCAAUUUGCCUGCUGCUCAAGUUUGUGUUGGGAUGGGUAUUCCCCUUUGGCAAAUUCCAGAAAUAAGACGCUUUUAUGGGAUGGAUGCUGGUGGGGGGUAUGAUGCCUGGAAGAAAACAUGCAUUUCUGCCGCACCGUUUGAUUUUGACUUGGCAGAGUCAAUGAGACCAAAAGGCCACUGUGUGGCUGUGCGGGUGACAAGUGAGGACCCAGACGAUGGUUUCAAGCCUACUAGCGGGAAAGUGCAGGAAUUGACCUUCAAAGGCAAGCCAAACGUGUGGGCCUACUUCUCGAUUAAGUCUGGUGGAGGUAUUCAUGAAUUUUCUGAUUCUCAAUUUGGACAUGUAUUUGCCUUUGGUGAGUCCAGAGCCCUAGCAAUAGCAAACAUGGUACUUGGGCUAAAGGAGGUCCAAAUUAGAGGUGAAAUACGUACAAAUGUUGACUACAGCAUAGAUCUUUUACAUGCUGCAGAAUAUAGAGAUAAUAAGAUCCACACUGGGUGGCUUGACAGUAGAAUUGCUAUGCGAGUUAGAGCUGAAAGACCUCCAUGGUAUAUUUCAGUGGUUGCAGGAGCUCUUUUUAAAGCAUGGAGUGCUAGUGCUGCAACAGUUUCUGAGUAUGUUGGUUAUCUGGAAAAGGGGCAGAUUCCCCCUAAGCAUAUUUCUCUUGUCAACUCUGUGGUUUCGCUGAAUAUUGAAGGAAGCAAAUACACGAUUGAAAUGGUAAGAGGAGGACCAGGUAAGUAUAGAUUAAAAAUGAAUCAAUCAGAGAUUGAAGCAGAAAUCCAUACUUUGCGUGAUGGGGGACUAUUGAUGCAGUUGGAUGGCAAGAGCCAUGUUAUUUAUGCAGAGGAAGAGGCUGCUGGUACUCGCCUUCUCAUUGAUGGAAGAACAUGCUUAUUACAGAAUGAUCAUGAUCCUUCCAAGUUAGUGGCUGAAACACCAUGCAAAUUACUACGUUUCUUGGUUCCGGAUGGCAGUCACCUUGAUGCUGAUGCUCCAUAUGCAGAAGUUGAAGUUAUGAAGAUGUGCAUGCCAUUGUUGCUACCUGCUUCUGGAACUAUCCAUUUUGUAAUGUCUGAGGGCCAGGCAAUGCAGGCAGGUGAUCUUAUUGCUAGGCUUGAUCUUGACGAUACAUCAGCUGUAAGGAAAGCUGAGCCAUUUCAUGGAUGUUUUCCACUUCUUGGUCCUCCCACUGCAGUAGCUGGAAAGGUCCACCAGCGUUGUGCUUCUAGUAUAAAUGCUGCUCGCAUGAUUCUUGCAGGCUACGAACAUGACAUUGAUGAAGUUGUCCAUGAUUUGCUGAUUUGCCUAGAUAGUCCUGAGCUACCAUUUCUGCAAUGGCAAGAAUGCAUGGCAGUUUUGGCAACCCGUCUUCAGAAAGAUCUCAAGAAUGAGUUGGACACAAAGUUUAAGGAGUAUGAGGUCAACUCAAAUUCACAGAACAGAGACUUUCCUGCCAAACUGCUGAGGGGGGUUCUGGAGGAACACCUUGCAUCCUACUCGGAGAAAGACAGAGCUGCCCAAGAAAGACUUUCGGAGCCUCUGAUGAAUCUUGUCAAGUCGUAUGAAGGUGGAAGAGAAAGUCAUGCUCGUCUGAUUGUUCAAUCUCUGCUUGAGGAGUAUCUGUCUGUUGAAGAACUCUUUAGUCAAAACAUCCAGGCUGAUGUCAUUGAGCGGCUCCGUUUACAACACAAAAAGGACCUGUUGAAAGUUGUUGAUAUGGUCCUUUCUCAUCAGGGUAUCAGGAGCAAAAAUAAGUUAAUACUACGUCUCAUGGAAGCAUUGGUUUACCCUAAUCCUGCUGCAUACAGAGAUAAAUUAAUUCGCUUCUCAGUACUCAAUCACACAAUCUAUUCUGAGUUGGCACUAAAGUCAAGUCAGCUGCUUGAACAAACCAAACUGAGUGAGCUUCGCACGAGCAUUGCUAGAAGUCUUUCAGAACUUGAGAUGUUCACAGAAGAAGGCGAGAAAAUCUUUACUCCACGGAGAAAAAGUGCAAUUGAGGAAAGGAUGGAAGAUCUUGUAGGUGCCCCUUUGGCUGUCGAAGAUGCCCUUGUAGCAUUAUUCGACCACAGUGACCAUACUCUUCAAAGGCGUGUCGUGGAGACAUACAUCCGCAGACUGUAUCAGCCAUAUCUCGUGAAGGGAAGCAUACGUAUGCAGUGGCACCGUCAUGGCCUUAUUGCUUCAUGGGAAUUUUGUGAAAAGUUCUUGAUAAAGAAUAAUUUUGAAGAACCAAGGCCUGCUCUGUUUAAUUGGGAGAAGAAUGGGAAGAGAAGAUGGGGUGUGAUGGUCAUCAUAAAAUCGCUUCAGAUUUUAACGUCAGUGAUUACUGUUGCACUGAAGGAAGCUGCUCAUUGCUCAUAUUAUGGUGCUAACGGUGAAAUUUUGCAAAAUGGAUCUUCAGAGCCAGCUUCCAGUGGAAACAUGCUCCACAUUGCACUAGUUGGCAUGAAUAAUCAGAUGAGCCUCCUUCAGGAUAGUGGUGACGAAGAUCAGGCCCAAGAAAGAAUAACCAAACUAGCCAAGACACUGAAAGAAAGGUCAAUAGUAUCCAGCCUUCUUGAAGCAGGCAUAAAUGUUGUGAGCUGCAUCAUACAAAGGGAUGAAGGGCGUGCUCCCAUGAGGCAUUCAUUCCACUGGUCUGCUGGAAAGCAGUACUAUGAAGAAGAGCCUCUACUCCGUCACCUAGAACCUCCUCUGUCUACAUUCCUUGAAUUGGAGAAACUGAAAGGAUAUAAAAAGCUGCAAUAUAGACCAUCCAGAGAUCGCCAGUGGCAUCUGUACACAGUAACAGACAAGCCACCGCAGAGGAUGUUUCUGCGGACGCUUGUUAGGCAACCCAUUUCAUCUGCUGACUCCUCUGUAAUUCAUGGGUUAGAUGUGGGCAAAGAUCUGCUAGAAAAAGCUUUUUCCUUCACAUCCACCAGCAUCUUAAAGUCAUUGAUAGGAGCUCUGGAAGAGUUAGAAUUGCAUUCACACAAUAAAACAAUGAAAUCUGAUCAUGUGCACAUGUAUCUUUGCAUCUUGCGUGAACAAAAGUUGUCCGAUCUUCCAGAUUCCUCUGGCCUUUCCCAAGCUUCAUGGAUGCGUGAUGUAAACAUGGAAAAUGAGACUAAAAUUGUUGCUAUUUUGGAAGACUUAGCAUAUUCCAUAUUUGAAUGCGUUGGCGUAAGGAUGUACCGUUUAUCAGUUUGUGAAUGGGAGGUAAAACUUCAAUUGGCUGAUGCUGAAGACUUAAGUGGCGCUUGGAGAAUUGUGGUUACAAAUGUCACUGGUCAUACUUGCACUGUCGAUAUAUACCGAGAGGUGGAAGAUAUCAGAACCCAUGAAGUGGUUUAUCAGUCUGUCUGUUCUUCCCCCGCUUCUUUGCAUGGUACUCCAGUUACCGCACAGUAUCAUCCACUGGCAAUCAUCGACAUAAAACGUCUCUCUGCAAGAAACAGCAAUACCACUUACUGCUAUGAUUUUCCCCUGGCCUUUGAAACAGCAUUGAGACGAUCAUGGAGCUCUUACCCUUCUGAUAGAUCUUUUUCCAGUGGUCAAAGCCUUCUGAAAGUCCAUGAGCUUGUUUUUGCAGACAAGAAGGGUGCCUGGGGUACUCCUCUGGUGGCUGUUGAACGUCCCACUGCUCAGAAUGAUGUAGGCAUGGUAGCUUGGUCCAUGAACAUGUCUACUCCAGAGUUUCCUAAUGGUCGCACAAUCUUGGUUGUAGCAAAUGAUAUGACAUUUAGAGCGGGAUCUUUUGGACCUAGAGAGGAUGCAUUCUUCCUCUCCGUGACAGAACUAGCUUGUGAGAAAAAGCUUCCUCUGAUUUAUUUGGCUGCAAAUGCAGGAGCCAGAAUAGGAGUUGCAGAAGAGGUAAAAGCUUGCUUUCAAGUUGGAUGGGCUGAUGAGAGAAAUCCAGAGCGGGGAUUUCAGUAUGUCUAUUUGACGCCAGAAGAUUUUGCUCGAAUAGGAUCAUCUGUAAUUGCACAUGAGUUGAAGCUGGAGAAUGGUGAAACAAGGUGGGUUAUUGACACUAUUGUGGGAAGGGAGGAUGGAUUGGGAGUUGAGAAUUUAUCAGGUAGUGGUGCCAUUGCUGGUGCCUUUUCCAAAGCAUAUGGUGAAACCUUUACAUUGACAUAUGUAACUGGCCGCACAGUUGGCAUCGGAGCUUAUCUUGCUCGGUUAGGCAUGAGGUGCAUCCAGAGGCUCGAUUCACCCAUAAUUCUGACUGGGUUUUCUGCCCUAAAUAAACUUCUGGGUAGGGAGGUGUACAGCUCCCAGAUACAGUUGGGAGGCCCCAAAGUCAUGGGAACCAACGGUGUAGUUCAUUUGACUGUGUCUGAUGACCUUGAAGGUAUCGCUGCCAUUCUAAAGUGGCUCAGCUAUGUCCCUGCUGUCAUAGGUGGCCCCCUUCCUAUCUUGACAUCUUUAGAUCCUAUAGAAAGACCAGUUGAAUAUUGUCCAGAGAUCUCUUGCGACCCCAGAGCAGCUAUUUGUGGUGCUCAAGACAGCAAUGGAAGGUGGAUUGGAGGUAUUUUUGACCGUAAUAGUUUCAUAGAGACUUUGGAAGGUUGGGCAAGGACGGUGGUUACAGGUCGGGCAAGACUUGGGGGAAUUCCUUUAGGCAUUAUUGCUGUUGAGACACAGACUGUGAUGCAAGUUAUCCCAGCUGACCCUGGUCAACUUGACUCUCAUGAAAGGGUUGUUCCUCAAGCGGGGCAAGUCUGGUUUCCUGAUUCUGCUACUAAAACAGCACAGGCCUUAUUGGAUUUCAACAAAGAAGAGCUUCCCUUGUUUAUCAUGGCUAACUGGAGAGGUUUCUCUGGUGGGCAAAGAGAUCUUUUUGAAGGAAUUCUGCAGGCUGGAUCCACCAUCGUUGAGAAUCUUCGCACAUACAAUCAGCCGGUCUUUGUGUAUAUUCCAAAGACUGGUGAACUUCGUGGUGGAGCAUGGGUGGUUGUUGAUAGCCGAAUCAACCCAGACCACAUUGAGAUGUACGCUGAAACAACAGCCAAAGGUAAUGUACUUGAACCAGAAGGGAUAAUUGAAAUCAAAUUCCGGCCAAAGGAGCUGAUUGAGUGCAUGGGUCGGUUGGAUCCUGUACUGAAUGCAUUGAAGAAAGAGCUUUCAGAAGCAAAUGGUUUAGCAUCUCCUGGUAGUGUCGAAAUCCUGCAACAGAAAAUUAAAUCUCGAGAAAAGCAGCUGUUACCAGUCUAUACUCAAAUUGCAAUUCGAUUUGCUGAGUUGCAUGAGACAUCUGUACGGAUGGCUGCCAAAGGUGUAACCUUGGAUGUUGUAAACUGGGAAACCUCAAGGUCAUUCUUCUACAGAAGGUUACACCGGAGGGUCGCAGAAGCAUCCCUUGUGAGGUCUGUCAUGGAUGCUGCUGGGGAACGGUUGCCCCCAAGAGAAGCUCUUGUCCUAAUAAAGAAAUGGUUCAUGGAUCAUAGCCCCAGCAACCACCCAAGCAAUGGAUGGGUGGAUGAUUCUUCCUUUUUUGCUUGGAAAGAUGAUCCCACAAACUAUGAGAAGCACCUGCAGGAGUUAAGAAUUAAAAGAUUGUUCUCGUUGUUUUCAAAUCUUGGAUCUUCCACACCAGACUUAAGAGCUCUCCCUCAAUGUUUUGCCAUUCUUCUUGACAAGGUUGAACCGUCAAGCCGCACACAACUGAUGGAGGACAUGAAGCAAAUUUUGGAGAAAAAGUAGGGGCAUGAAGGAAGCCUUUUGUUUGUUUCUUUUUCUUGUUUAUUAUUUGCAGGUGGAACACCUGUUCUAGUAAUACUAUUGUAUUUCUCAAAGUUCAGAUGACCUUAUAUUUGAUGACCUUCUCUGUCUUCGGCAUCUGAUUGUAUCCAAUAAAAUUCAUCCUCGUGUGAAAAGUGGUUUUACGUCUGAAAAUUUAGAAGGGCGGCAAGUUAUCUUUCUUC